AUGUUGUAUGGCCUGCAUUAUGGGAAGGACAGCUCCAUCAAGUGGUUGAUCUCAAUGGCAAUCUCAUUCUUCGAGAGCCUCUUUAUUACCCAACCUUUAAAAGUUCUUGGAUUCGCUGCAUUCUUUGCUCUAGUUCUUAAGAAAGUAGAACCAGAAGAUGAAGAAGAAACUGCGCUCAAUGGAAAGCUAUCUACACCAGGUGAUUCAAACCUUUUGCUGGAAUCUCGCAGAGACAGCAACAUUUACCAGCCUCCCCCACCUAGCGAUAUCUCAAAGAUGAAGGAUAACUAUAUCAAAGAGCAAAAAGUGUUUGCCUUAAUAAGAGAAAUACUAGCCUACCUAGGAUACCUGUGGAUGCUUCUACUAGUGGCAUAUGGACAGAGAGAUCCAAACUCAUACUACCUUAAUAAGCACAUAGGGGACAGUUUUACAGAUGGAAUGGGGGGGGAGUCUGCAGCUACCAAGAUUUCUUUAACUGGGCCAACACUACCCUCAUCAAUAACCUCUAUGGAACCUAUCCAGGCUUUGUGACGGAUGGCAACUCCAAGCUGGUUGGCAGUGCAAGGUUUCGCCAGUUGCGAGUCAAGAAGGACUCUUGCCCAGUAGCUUCUGUCCUCCAGAGAACGAUCGAUGAAUGUCGAGCACCUUAUUCCCUGGAUAAUGAGGAUAUGGAACAUUAUGGGGAAGGCUGGAAUUCCUCUGCAUUCACCAAUGCAACUAAUACUGAUUCUGCCUGGUACUACAAAAGUCAGUCCAAGCUUAGAGGCCACCCUACCUGGGGUCGACUGUCAACAUACCGCGGAGGGGGUUUUGUAGUACAUUUAGGAAGCGAUAGAACAACUGCACGCAGGAUUCUGCAAUACCUUUUCGACAAUGUCUGGUUGGAUGAUCUCACUAGGGCUCUUUUUGUAGAAUUUACCAUUUAUAAUGCCAAUGUCAACCUCUUCUGCAUUGUCCGGCUAAUGUUUGAGACCAACGCAUUAGGUACCUUUAUGACUCACGCUGAUCUUCAAAGUGUCAGGCUGUAUCCAUACACAGAUGGCCUACAUAUCUUUGUUGUUGCAGCAGAAGUGAUUUAUUUCCUCUUUGUUAUAUACUACAUGGUGGUGCAGGGAAAACUCAUCAAAACUCUUAAAUGGGGGUAUUUCCGCAGUAAGUGGAACCUGCUGGAGUUGGCUGUGAUUGUAAUAAGCUGGAGUGCCCUCUCUGUGUUUGUAAGGAGGACCAUUCUUGGGAACAAGGACAUCAAUUACUACCAAGAUCACAAGGAUGAGUUUGUAAGUUUUAAUGAAACGGCUGCUGCAGAUGCAGCCUUGGGCUACCUUAUAGCUUUCCUAGUGCUCCUAUCAACUAUCAAGCUGUGGCAUCUGCUGAGAUUGAACCCAAAACUGAACAUGAUCACUGCAACUCUACGCAGGGCCUGGGGUGACAUUUCUGGAUUUAUCACUGUCAUCAUAAUUAUGUUCCUAGCUUAUUCCAUUGCUUGUAAUCUGAUAUUCGGAUGGAAGCUGAACUCAUAUAAAACUGUGUUUGAUUCAGCAAAGACUAUGGUCAGCCUUCAGCUGGGGAUUUUCAACUAUGAGGAGGUGUUGGAUUAUAACCCUGUGCUAGGCUCCUUUGUCGUCGGAUCAUGCAUUAUUUUCAUGACUUUUGUUGUGCUGAAUCUCUUCAUAUCGGUUAUUUUGGUUGCAUUCAGUGAGGAGCAGAAGAAUCACAAGGCAUCAGAAGAGGAAGAAAUCGUGGAUCUCAUGCUCAUGAAAAUCUGUAGUUUUCUUGGUUUGAAGCACAAGAAGGAGGCGAAUGGAGGGGGGACAAAAGCACUCUAA